UAUAAAAUAUACUAUGUAUAUGUUCAUUUUUAUUCGUUCAUCAAAGUUGUUAUAGGAAGUACUGUUCAUGCCGAAGAAGUUAUACAAGAAUUAUUUCAUGGAAACGACAUUCUUCUUCGGAAUUUUUCUCUGUCUUCUAAAUCUAGGUCAUGCCUUGCGGUGCUUUGAUUGCCAGAAUAUUUCCUCACCACGUGACUGUACUCAGAUUACUGAGUGCAACACAAAUGAGCAAUGUUUCACAGAGCAAAUAUUGUCACAUGAUGGAAGUCUUGUAUUUAAUAUCGGCUGUAUCAGCAACACGCGCUGUUCUCCUAUGAUCUUUGGGAAAAGGUCACUAAGUAAAAGACGAAAUGAAAUCACGGUGUGUUUAGAGUGUUGUGCGAAUAGCUUUUGCAAUCAUCAUGGCUGUGGUGAAAAAGAGAUUUCUCUAACUCAGCGAGGUCCAUACUGCUUUAACUGCGAUGCCAUUAUAGAUCCCAAGGAGUGCAGCAAUGUGACUGUCUGUGAUAAAGACGAGCUGUGUAUGUUGACCUCCCCAGUGCAAUACGCCAACCUACCACAGACGAUCUACAAAAGUCAAUGCGGGUCUAAACAA